UCUCUCCCGCCCUCAAAUCUAUCCGUUAACCCUAAUUUCUCUCUCUCUGCAAAUUUUCUCUUCUUCCAUUGAAGAGGAGAAAAAAAGAAACAAAAGAAAAUCAAUAAUUAUAAAGGGUAAAAUGGGGAAAUUACUAUGUGAUUCAGCGACGGCGGUUCCAGAGAAGACAUUUCAAGAUCCGUCGCCGGCGGUGGGGGUGGUGGUGCCGGAGCUUCAUUGGAGAGAUGCCAGCAACGGUGGUUCACUCGAAGAUAAUGUAACUCGGACCGUCACGUGGAACGAUGUGAUUGGAUUAGAGGAGCAACAGAAACGUCAUUUACAGAAGCUUCACGCCAAAGGCGUAUUAUGGAAACAACCAAACAACGGCGAAUCACCGCCAAGAUCGGUGGUUUUCCGUCUUUCUCACGGCGGAGAGGUUUCUUCCGACGGAAACUGUCUCUUCACGGCGUCUCAAAGAGCUAUGAUGGCGCGUGAGAUAGACGCGCGAGAUCUGAGGCGACGGACGGUACAGCGGUUCACGGAGGAUUACGGAUCCGCAACGGAAAAGGAGAAGGAAACGAUAAAUGAGGCUAUAAAGCACAUGUAUUCACCAGAUCUGAAGAACGGCUGGGGUAUUCACGUGGUUCAAGAACUCAAACUUUUAGCGGCAAAAUCUGAUCGCGUCGCCUUAGAUUCUUCGAUUGAAGAGCUCGUUCAGAUCGGCAUGCAAAGGGAAUUAGCGGCGGAAUCGAUAUAUAAAGAGAGAUGUACGGCGGUGGAUGACGGAAUAAGCUGGGCGAAGUAUAUGGGUGUGAGUGGGUCGCCGGAGGAAGAUGAAUAUGAUAUAAUAACAUUGCAAUAUACGGAGGAGGGUUUGUUAUCUGUUGAUGAGAAUAGAUUGGGUUAUGCUGCUGCUUUUGGCGACGACAUUGCUAUUGAAUGUCUUGCUACUGAGUUUAAACGCGAGAUUUACGUGGUGCAAGCACAUGGAUCUGAUGCAAUGGUUGAUGAGGAAAAUUGCGUUUUCUUCCUUCCACAUCGUCCACGGAGUGAAAUUUGUGAUCUUCCUUUCUUUCUAUUUAUGAAAGGAACAGGAUGGUGUGGUGCGGGAGCUGAUCAUUACGAGCCAUUGAUUGCUCAUCCUUCGUCUCUUGUUUCGAGUGAGAAAGUUGCUUUAGUACUUUGAUGGAAUAGCCGUAGAUUAGUUCGAAAAUUCUUUCUCCUCCGCAUAGUAUUUAAUUUUCAACAUCAUGAGUUCGAUUCUUUAACAGAGAUCUAAGGGGAGGGAGGAUAAAUUAUUUUUUGUCAAGGUCACGUAGAAUUUGAUCUUUUUGACCGUAGAUUGCAGGUUUGCUGCCUGCUAUUGAGCAAGUGUUGUAGUUCUUCUGGUAGCGAUUUUUUUGCCGGCCUUUUUUAUUGUUGUUGUUGAGUUUAAGAGGGUGAUUUUUUGAGUCGUUUACAGGUACUCUUCUGUCCAAGCUUGGAUGGAUGGUACCAUUCUGAUGUAUCUCGAGCUGGAUUAAUUUUUUCAAUGAUAGAAUUUAGAAGUGAUUUUUCCUCA